UAAACAAGUGUACAGUCUACGGACGUCGGCCAUUUUAGACAGAUCUGCUGGUGAUAGGAGCUGCUCGUAUUGAAACAGCUAUUUACUGGUAUUUUUCCAAAAUAAACGAAAAAGAAAUUAAAACAGGCAGAGAACAAAAACAAAGGGUGACGUUUGUUUGUAUUCUGUGACCCACAUCAAAGGAUUUGGUGGAGAAAAUGUGCAUACCGUGCGGUGUUGCUGGGCUGGCGUGCUGCUGUACUUCAGCAGCUUGCUCCUGCUGUUGCAGCUUCUGCCCCGGUUGCAAGAACUCCACGGCCUCGCGCUUGGUGUAUGGCCUGAUUCUACUGCUGGGAACGUUCCUAUCUUGCCUGGCCCUGAUUCCAGGCAUCCAGACGGCCAUCCAGAAGAUUCCGUACAUCUGUGAUAAGGCACAGAAAGAUGUAAAUGUAUGCCAGCGUUUUGGAGGCUACCUUGGCGUGUACCGCCUCUGCUUUGCCAUGGCCUGCUUCUUCUUUCUCUUUGCGGUCAUCAUGAUCAAAGUCAAGACCAGCAAAGAUCCAAGGGCUGGACUGCACAACGGAUUCUGGUUCUUCAAGAUUCUGAUUUUGCUCGGUGUCGGCGUUGGAGCCUUCUUCAUCCCUUUAGGCACCUUUGAGGAAGUCUGGCAGUACGUCGGCAUGGUGGGCGCCUUCCUGUUCAUUCUGAUCCAGCUGGUUCUCAUUAUCGACUUUGCCCACUCCUGGAAUGAGAAGUGGGUGGAGAAGAUGGAGGAAGGAGAGAGCAAAGGAUGGUACUACGCUCUCUUGUUUGCUACCGUCAUCAACUAUCUCAUCACUCUUACUGGGUUCAUCCUUCUCUACAUCUUCUACAUUGGCCGUGGGACGGACGACGGCUGUAGCCUGCACAAGUUCUUCAUCUCCUUCAACAUGAUAGCCUGCGUCGGUUUCUCCAUCGUCAGCAUUUUGCCCAAAGUACAGGAGGUCCUUCCCCAGUCAGGCCUGCUACAGUCAUCUGUCAUCUCAGCCUACACCAUGUAUCUGACCUGGUCCUCCCUCAGCAGUAAUCCCAACGAAAAGUGCAACCCAAGUAUCAGUGAGAUCACUGGCGGUGGAUCACCCACAGCGACUCCUUCAAGUUCUCAGUCUCAACCAGGCCUAGGAGCUGAAGACUGGGUCACUCUGAUCGUGUUUCUGGUCUGCAUCAUCUACGCCUGCAUUCGUUCUGCCAGCAACAACAAUGUCAGCAAGCUGACUGGUGGUGAUGGAGUGGCUUACUAUGGGGUUACUGAGAAAGUGCUCAUCAGUGAUUCUCCAACCUCCUCCGAGAACACCAACGCUGGCGAUGCAGAGAAGGGUGGGCGCAACGUCUGGGACAAUGAGGAGGAGGGCGUGACUUAUAGCUACAGCUUCUUCCACUUCAUGCUGUUCCUGGCCUCGCUCUACAUAAUGAUGUCGCUUACCAACUGGCUCAAACCCAGCACAUCAACGGUCGACGGUCUGACAUCCAGUGUGGGUGCCAUGUGGGUCAAGAUCUCCUCCAGCUGGAUCUGCAUCAUCCUCUACCUCUGGACGAUGGUGGCGCCCCUUAUCCUCAAGAACCGAGAGUUCAACUAGAGGGAGCCCUGCAGUCCAGGCAAGCCCCUGAAAAAAAUACAACAAAAUAAACAGUGAAAACUUGUGCAUUUGGGCGCUGCAAGAUUGGGGGGGCAAGGGGAAUAGUGCAUUUUCCACACCUCGGGUGGGGGGGAUGGGAAAGUUGAAAGUGAAAAGAGAAGGAGAGAAAAAGGGGAAGAAGAGAAUGGAAAGGCAAUAAAAAAUGUCAAUUUCCAUGAAAACACUUUGGAAAUUGGCUGUUGAUAGGGUGUCAGUCAGUGUCAGCUGAGAGCCCCACCCCAAAAGAGCUUAUGCACAUGUAAUAUAUGCCCCAUUCUGGCAGUGCCCAUACUUGUGUAAAUCGUAGAAAUCAAUUGACACACAGAUAUACAUCCAUUUUAGGACUCCACUGUCUUUGUAAAAACUGUCAUCGCCUUAAACCCUCCCAUGUGCUUUGGAAUCGAACAGAAGGUGAAUAUAGGUCUAAGGAAUGGAUAGUGUGGAUGCUGUUACUUGACAGACCUGGAAGGUGAGAGCUGGAAGAAUUUUCUCAGUUUCCUGGUGGAUUUUGCAGGAUUCUGAAACAGCUCUCAGCAAAAUGGCAAAAGCAGUCAGGGUGAAGUGAAAAAACACUGAUAUGUAUCUUUUCUCAGCGUACAAAGCCUGGUGAAUUUCCAAUAUUAGGCAAUUUUUGGAUUAUCUUUUCAAGCAGGAUACACCACGCAAGCCAACACUCAGAAAUUGGUCGGUCAAAAGUUCAAGCAAGACGUCAACCUACCACGUGUUGACAAAACAGAAGCUUGAAAAUGCUAGUAUUCAAUAGCUGCCAUUGGAAACUCAAUUAAUUCAUGGUGGUCUUUUGAAGGUUAAAAUAGGACAGGUAAAACAUAGUGGACAUUUUCAACGUGUUGACAGUCAGUAUGAUGGAAUGCUUUCAGUGUUUGGCGAUAUUUACCUUUUUUCCAUGUAAGGAAUUCAGUUUUGGAGGAGUCCACAAACUAUUUCAUGUUGAUAGCCUCUUGCAUGUAUUAAACAUUCAUAUAAUACAUUGUUGCCAAAAGACACACAAACGUGUACACAUUUGAACUAAGAAUAUUUUGCUUGCUUCUUGUUCACUUGGUAACAUUGUUGUCAGCAACCACAUGUGGAAUUUGGCAAAAUUGAAUGCUGUCAGUUCAAAAACCUGCGCCUUUAUAAUUGUAUGAUAUGCCAAAUGCAUCAGUGUACAUGUAGUUUAGAUAUUCAUGGGGUAUUUGCCAGUGGAAAUUGUUUAGUAUUUGUUUCAUAUGUAGGAGUUUAUUAAGAUUUACGUGCAAGUUUUUUGGUGUAAUUUUGCAAAAUAGUCACCCCACACCAGAUCAGAAUAUUAAGUUUUUGCUCAGGUUAACAUUGAGAUCAUUUGUGUAGAGGAGGGAGUUGAUUCCAGUGUCAUUCUUGCUAAUUAUGCACACUCAGAAUGUGUUAGACGUGUAUUGGGAUGUGGGGAGACAUUGGACUUAGUUCAUGCUCAUUACUGUUUAAGCAAGACUGCAUUUCAACUUAGCAAUUGGCCAAGUUCUGUUCAUUCAGCACGAAGCUUAAGUACAUUGUGCAGUUAAAUGUGGACAGAUAACGUGUAUUGAAAGAUUCACUUACCAUACACAGACAGUGCUGCGUUUCGUCCAGGCUGAUGGGUCUGAUCAUCAUCUCUCGCCUUCUUUAAAGACCGACUCCAACGUUAUUAAAAGUUUUGAAAAUAAACUACCGGUAUUAUUGUGUUUAGUGCGUAAUAAAUCAUACAUGCAUUACCAAAUCAUAUCUGUCUUGCAUCUGUAAUUUCGCCCAAACUUUUCAAAGGUGUCUUUCAGUUUUAUGAAAAUUUCCACAAUCUUAUCGGUGGCGGUGCUGUUGAGAAACAAGAUUUGUAUGAUGUAAUACCAGAGAAAACAUUGAAACUGGUAUACACGUACAUGGCACGUUCCGCUGCAAAUGUUCAUGAACAUGGAGCUACACGUGCAUGCGCCGUGUACCGGGGAUUGAUCUGUAUGCCGGGUCUACUGUGCUGCUUUAUCUCUUUUCCAUUUAGAGUUUGUGCUCCCGUCUUCAUGAUUCACAAAAAUUCCAAAAUCGUGCAUCGUAGAUGUACUAGUAAUUCUGCGAAAGAACCAGGAUUGAAAUUCUUCAAGUUUCCAAAGAAUGAGAGCAUUCUUUAAGUUCGUACUGUCAUCUGCAGCUUUGCAUGCUAUGCAUGCCUAUAGCGCAUGCACUGUAGUAUUUCCUCUUCAUGGUAAUACAUCACAGAAAUCAAUAUCCAUUUAAUGCAAAUGAAUCGUGACAACAUGUCCAUUUUUACAAUACCGGACUGGACUCGCAGGAAAAAUGGGUACAAAAACUGUGUUUUAUUAACACAAACGUGUUCUGAAUAAGAUUCAGUAUGAGAAAAGUUAGCAUCAUUGGAGUUGGUCUUUAAGCAAGUAAGUCUGCUGGUAAACGAGACUAAACUAAUGAACAUCAUGCCAUAUUCAUAUCAACUGCACCAUCUAACCAAUCAUGACAGUCUGCUGAGUUGAUAUCAAGUCUAACAUCAACAGUGUGUAUAUUGUAAUAGUGUCAGUAUGUCCCUCUUCACUUAGCUGUAUAUGUGUCAGAAUGCAUACUUGCACAUAAAUUAUUUCCUUGUGAUAAAUGAGGAAGAGACACAGAAGGCUAGAUCAGAGUGUGAACAGAAAUUACAAAGGAUAAAUCCAGAAUUUUGAACCUUGACUAAUGAAUGGAUACUGAUUUCCAACUCAAUUCGCAUGUAACUGAAGAGCCUCCUUGUAUGUUUUACACAUCAUAUAUUAUUGAAGAAAUUCUUAAGUCGUGUUUAACCAUAUGAAGUACACGUCACGAGCAAUCAGAAAAUUAGUUACAAACACUAAUUGGAAAUGGUAGGUUGAUCUUAGUUCUUUUGAAAGACCAUUGACAAAUUUUGUUCCUUGAAGAAGAAUAUGAUGUUAUCAUAAAGAAUGUAGGAACAAUUACUAUUGCCUUUUGUAACUAAACUACAAGUAACUCCUUAUGACUGUGGUUAUUAGAUUCAAAGGUAAUGCAAUUUUUCUCCUGUUUAGUGAUUAUUUACAAUAUGUAGAAAAACACAGUUGUCUCAAAAUGUACAUAACAUGCAGAAUUUUCGCUUGAAAUGUUUCUUUUUUAAUUAAUGUAAAAGAUAGCCCUGGAUGUUUAUAUAAAACUAUGGAAGUGAAGUUUCCUCAUUUACUAUUAAAUUAUUUAGAACUGAAAAAAUUAGAACAGUUUCACUCGGCUUUGGUAAGCUCUACAAAGUUUAGAGGAUUUGCUGAUUAAUAUAGCUAAUGAAAAUUAAUCGUAAUCUGAAUCUGAUAUAUCAUCAAAGAGGUCUCAGUAACGUCAUUGGAAAGUGGAAACAGUAAAAAUUGUAUUUUUAACAUGGUCCUUGUUUUUGUACUGUGGCCCAGUGUACACUGUGAAUUAUAUAGUGUGUAUUACAAAGGAGCUCCCUUUAAGACUGGAAGUGUUUAUUUUUAUUGUAGUAAUUUUUUCCCCUUUUUUGCAUGGUGGAAGAUUUAAUGAUUGUAUUUUGUGUAUAAUAAAUGCGGAUUAAUUCCUAGCACUUCAAAGUA